AUGGCCCUGGUCAUGCUCGAUAUGGAUAUUAUGAACAAAUCUAUCAUCAACGAUACUGUGUACGUGAAUGACACCCUGCCUGAAAAUGACGUCUUAUUUCUACAUAAUACUACGUUUGAGAUGGCAUUUUUAUCUGUUAUAGCGAUACUUGGAUUAUUUGGUAAUAUUUUGGUACUCGUUGUUUACUGUCAGAAGAAAUACAGCACAUCAAAUGCAUCAUUGUAUAUGCAACACUUAGCAUGGGGUGAUUUGUUAGCCGUAAUUGUUGUGGCAUUUAUCAUCACAGAGUCGUAUCCAUCUACAUGGCACAUUCUUUGGCGUGCAGACAUACAGUGCAUUAUACAACGAACAUUACGAUUUGUCGGUUUCCAUAAUACAUUGGGUAUUACACUCGCCAUAGCCAUUGACCGAUAUUACGCUAUAUGCCACGCACUCCACUACAGGGCUCGUCUAACCAUAUUCAGAACAAAAAUUGCAAUUCUGUGUGUAUGGAUUGCAUCAGUACUCACAGCUUUGCCAUUUGGAUGGUCAUUUCGGACACAAUACGGCGGAUUAGACAAUAUUAAAACGGAAAAGUCUUCUUAUGCAUGUUCUCAUAUUAUCAUGUCUGAACCUUACUAUUGCGCUUUUCCUGAUAUUCGCCAGGCUACUGCAACCAAUAUACGUGGAACGAAGGCCAAGCAAAGCCCCGAGUCUAAACAGCGAGAUCUUCGUCAUCAUGCUGAAUGCACCAAUGGUGCUACGACCUCUUCGGGGAUAAUAUGUCAGGUUAGUACAACUUGUAAGAAGAGUGACAACGAGGAGUGUACAAUAUGUACUAAAUUAUCAGAAAUGAAAGCUUAUUCAACAAAGUGUUCUGAGCUCGCCGAAAAAAUUGAUAUUCUCAUGAUGUCGCCAUAUUUCAAACAAGGCAAUGUCGAUGAGAACGUAUUGCCCUCACGUUUGGUAGGUAACUGCAAUACAAGUUUUCAACCGGAAGACGUUGUCUAA